AUGGCUAAACUCAUGUGCUUAUGUUGCCUCCUCAUGGCUAUGGCAGUGGCCGUGUCGGCUGACGGCUGCGAGGGUGACCGGAAGGACAUGAUCCGGGAGUGCGGCAAGUACCAGCAAUGGCCGGCGGAGCCGAAGAUGGAUCCGUCAGAUGCUUGUUGCGCCGUGUGGCAGAAGGCGGACAUCCCGUGCCUCUGCGCCGGUCUCACCGCGGAGAAACAGAAGCUAUGGUGCAUGGACAAGGUCGCGUAUGUUGCCAAUUUCUGCAAGAAGCCGUUCCCGCAUGGCUACAAGUGCGGAUCCUACACAUUUCCUCCUCUGGGGCAAUAA